CCAAACAUUGUGUUUGACAACGGACAACAACCACCAAACCGACACUUUUCUUAUUUUAGUACACUUGCCUACCUUCAAUACAGGACGGAAACCUGAAUGUCCUGACAGAAAUUAGGAUAGAAUGAAGUAGCUCAACAAUCCACAUCAACUGUAUGCAUCUUUUGUAAUAUGACUUCACCAGGUUACCGACCAAACAGUGGGCGCCAAUCAAGCCUUAGUGUCCAGGGUGAGCCGAUGAACUCUGAACCCACACUUCAACACCCCAAGAGAUCGUAUAAAUACCGAAAAGUUGCUAGUAGUGGCAACGUAGAUGAGACUUUGUUCACAUCAAAGAGAUAUGAGUACCUUCAGUCUCUUAACAGCUCAUCAAAUGCCAGACCCACGUCAGCUGCUGAUUGGUUUACCCAUGAUGAAUCCAACCAAUCACCGAGUGAUAACCGAACCGUCAAUACUCCACCAAUCAAAUCACCACUAAUUAAAGUGGGCGGGGCACCUCGGACACGGUCAAGAGCAUACAAACCUAUUCCAACUUACGUUGAUGAGACGCUAUUUGGUCCCAAGCUCAAAGACUCUAAAUUCCCAGCACCUUGGGAGAAACCGGAAGAUGAAAAGAAAGGGCCAAUGUUGACUUGGAGUCCCCCUGUUAGAGGGAGUCUUAGCUGUACCCCAAGAUCCACACCCCCGAGUCGCCCCUCCUCAUCAGCUGGAAGUCGUCCAGGGUCUGCGAAGGGCACUAGACCUGGAUCGGCAGGGGGCAGUCGCCCGGGAUCUGCAGAGGGCAGUCGCCCAGGAACGGCCUCAAGGGGUCGUACAGGGAGCCGACCUGCUACCCCAAAUAAACCAGUUUGGAAAUAGGAAUGAAUGAUCAGCGCUGCCUGCAACUCUGUUAAAUACUUGUGUUUACAUUGCCACUAUUUUUCUUGCCUGUACAUCUGUAUUAGUUUUAUGGUAUAAUGUAAAAUGGAGGAAUAAUCAUUUUAGAAUGAUAAGAAGUGAAUAAACAGUACCACUUUGCAUCCGUCUCUUCAGCAGUUCUUUCCAAUGAUUGCAACUUUAAAGUAUCUGACAAGCAUAAAAAAAGUACCUCAGAUAUAAAUGGACAUGCAGGCUUGUUCUGAGCAGAAAUUGAGUUGAUUCAUUUGUUAAGCAAAAAAUCAAUCGCCCAAAAUGGAAAAAAGUUACCUGCUUUUUCGGCCUGUUCCGUGAUCAAAUACAAGAGUAAUUAAAAAGUAAUUACUUUUGGCGAGCAUUUGUCCAUUCAGCAUUGUUUGUGUGGUUUCAAGUACUUCGUUUAUUUACAACCAUUCGUAAAAACUGUUACCCCCAAAAAACAUGGUAUGCUUGUUUGUCUUUCGUGGCAUAUUUAUUAACAUGUU